AUGGUCAACACGGAACUGAAUAAUACGAAAAAAGUUCCAGGAAAAACGGAAUCCUGGCACUCGAGAAGUGUGUUGAUGUUGCACCUGGCUCAAGGAAAGUCCCAGAAAAAAUCGGUGAAUAGUAUCUCUCAGUUCAAACGACCCGAAACCCGACACAGUCCACACAAGGCUGACAAGGGUGUAUCACACGUUCAAACACAACAACUAUUGCCUGGUCUGUCAAGGCCCUCAAUACCUAAAGUCAAGAAACGGCUUGUUGUGAAGGAGAUGAAAUGAGAACUAAAAGAACUAAAUCCUGAACAUAUUAAUUAUCUGAAUCAAGAAAGUAUUGGCAGUGGAAGCUACGGUCAGUGCUAUCAUGCCCGUUACAGGGGAAUUGACGUAGUCGUAAAGAGGAUGAUUUACAGCAGUACUGCAGAGGACAAGCUGAGGGCAAAAAGGGAUGAUUUAAUGCACGAGGCAGAGGUGAUUACUGCACUUGGUGACCAUGAAAGACCACCUGUGAUUGUAGGUGUCGUCACUACACAAGAGCCACUUUGUCUCGUCACACAGUUCCAUGGUAUAAAUGGCAUAAGUGGCACCCUUCAUCAUGCUGCGAUCUCAAAUGUUAUCACAUCUUCAGAAUGCCUUGAUAUCUUUGUUGAGAUUUGCUCUGCAUUAAAGCAUGUCCAUUCAAGAGGUUUCCUGCACAAUAAUAUCAAGGCUAAUAAUGUCAUCCUCAAAAAUAGAGCAGAUUCCAAUAGAUGCACUCCUAUCCUCAUCAAUUUCAGGAAGAGUAGAAAAGCUUCUAUCAAUUUUCCACCAGCCUCCGCGGAUCAAUUUUUCUUUUCUGGGCAACCGACCACGAUAAAAUCAGGUUGAGUACGAAAACCUAAUUAGUGCACGAUGCAAUUACAUCCAGCUCAAUUACUUUUACAUCCAGCUCG